UUUUAAUCCCAAUUAGUCUCCUUCUCCUUUCUCUCUGCUCUCUCGUUCAACGGGCAAAGUUUUUUUCGAAUAAAGUUUUGGUUUUUCUUUUAACGUUCCCUUCUUCUUCCUCCUCCUCGCGAAUUCGCUUAUCUGUCGAUCACGAUGAGCUCAAGUUCGAAUCCACCGGUUUGUUCACCGGAAAAGGAGGAAAGAAGUGAAAUGAAGAUUGAGAUUCAAUGUAUGGAGAAUAAGCAACCAUUAGCUGCUUCUUGCUCCUCUGCAUCCGAAGGCAGUGGCUGUUUCUUCCUCAAGUCACCUGAAAUCGCAACUCCUGCCACAGUAUCUUCAUUUCCUCGGAGGACUAGUGGACCUAUGAGACGAGCAAAAGGUGGUUGGACUCCAGAGGAGGUUAGUGGUUGCUUUUGUUUCAUUAUUUUGUUGGUGUCUGGAGCAACCUCAUUCGACUAUGUAUCUUGUAUGUAUAAGGAUUACUGUUCACUUGAAUGAAAGAGGAGGCUAGCAUUAUUGUGGUCUGUAAUUGGUUUCUAUCACUAUUCAGGAUGAGACACUUAGACGAGCAGUUGAAAAGUAUAAGGGGAAGAGGUGGAAGAAAAUAGCGGAAUUUUUCCCAGAGAGAACACAAGUCCAAUGCUUGCACAGGUGGCAGAAAGUUCUUAAUCCAGAGCUUGUUAAAGGACCUUGGACUCAAGAGGUUCUCUUAUCAUUUUCAUGUUCUGAAACUUUUUUUGGUUUUCAUUUUACGUAAAUAUUUGGUAGCUCUAAAAUUCUCUUCAACAAGUUUACAGUGGCUCCAUCGUUGAAUCCAUCUGUGUACAUAUGAUCCGUUGUCUGUGUAUAUUAAUAUGGGAAAAAUGUCGAAAAAAUCAUGAACUUGCAAUUUUUGGACGAUUUAAUCUUGAACUUCAAGGAAGACUAAUAAAUCGUAAAGUUAUUGUUAACUUUCUAUAUAAA